AUGCAGCAGUUUAAAACGCCUUGCAUUACUAAUUGUGCCUGGCUUUCAAAUCCCUACUUUCCGAUAUGUCUCGACCACGCUGCACCGCAAACGGUUUCAUGUGCGAUUGUGGUUCGAAUAAACGAUGUGGGUUUAGAAGAGGCAGCCAAUUGUACACGACAAUGGCUUUCGAUGGCUGGACCACACUUUGCGCUGCCCGAUAUGAGGGCAGCAGCGGACUGGGAACUACGCUCUGAACUGUUGAGUGUUCUUGAAGUUCCUCUGAUGGGAACCAUCCGGAUACAGAUGACUGGACUGAUAUCGGAAAUCGAUAUGGCGAAUGUCACCCCCGACAGACUAGAAGUGAGCAACUGUGUUGCUCGUAUUCGCGAUCUCCGCCUGAAUCUUCACGGUAGCGUUGUUGCUAACGUGCUUCAAUUGUUCAGAGCGAGCUUCGUGAAGGGUAUACGGAGGAAGCUUGAAGAGGAUUACUGCACGCUCAUGGAAAAGUUCUGGAUGACCUGGGUAAGAGGUCAAUUGUCACAAUUCUCGUCGAAUCUGACACUCAAUCGAGCUAAUCCCGAAGUUGUCCUCACACAGUCGCUCGAAGCGGUUGUAUUGUCCCGAAAACACAUCGACUUGGAAAUGCGUAGCGAUUUGAUUUGGAAUGGUGAUCUUAUGAACAGCGAAGACGUUGUCCUCACACAGUCGCUCGAAGCGGUUGUAUUGUCCCGAAAACACAUCGACUUGGAAAUGCGUAGCGAUUUGAUUUGGAAUGGUGAUCUUAUGAACAGCGAAGACGUAUCCCUGAUUGACAAUGAUACGGACAUACCUUCAACACGGAUGAUUACCAUAUUUGUGGAGGAGGAGACAGUGCAAAACAUCUUGAAGGCUGCAUAUUCCACUGGACACUUCUUAACCACAGUUGAAAGUCCUUUUCUGCAAACUCAAUGUGAUGUGCUAUGCAUCGGUUCAGUGCUGCCAGAACUGUCAGAAGCGAUGCCAAAUUCUUCUCUAGUAGCGCAGGUAAGUCAGACCACUAGGCCAUAUUCGUACAGCGACAUUGCUAUUUCUUUCAAUUCCGUGUUUGGAUGA